UUUGUCAGCUUUCUCCUACUGUAAUCUCCACCCCUUCGAGAUGUGUUGCCCAAAGGGAACCAACCAAAAGGAUCACUUCCUUGCAUCUCAUCACCCGUCCCCGCACGAAGCAACUUUUCUCGAGGCCGAGAGCUUGUUUUCUUUCUCGCUUGUCCCGUUUGGGAGACUUGCUUACUUUCGAGGUUCCGACCUCAUCCUCACUUUACCCCCGGACGCCAUGAGACAGAAGUCUCAGACGCCGACGGAUCGUUGGUAUACGUAACCUCGCCCUUGAUUGACAACCAAAGCGAAGCCUGUUUGACCGUGUGAAGAGUUGCGUAGCUAGAAAUUCAGUAUAAGAUGCCUGCUCCGUCUUCGACUUUCUAAAUCGUCCUCUCUAAACACGUCUUAAAGUACACAAAUCUCAUCCCGGUCCAGUUAUACACCACCUCAUCCUUCACCGCACAUACCGCCUCUUAUUCUUGUCAAGACACUCAAGAUGGCCACCUACCUAAUCACCCAGGCCACCGGCCAGCAAAGCCGCUGGGUCGUCUCGCACCUACUCGCCGCCGGCGCCAAAAUCCACGCCGUGGUACGCGACCUCCAAAAGGUCCCCCCAGUCCUGCAGGACCCGAACGUCACCCUCUUCCAAGGCGAGAGCAAGAACUUCGAAGAUGUCCUUCAAGCGGCGCGCGGCUGCAAGGGCGUCUUCCUCAACACCGUCCCAUUCCCUGGGUUGGAAGUCCUGCAGGCCAAAACCAUCGUCGAGGCGUGCCGGGAGGCCGGCGUCGAGGGCAUCGUCGCGGCCACGGCCAACGGCACGGCCAACAAGGCCAUGUGGGACGACGACGCGACCAGGGAGAUGCAGCUGCACGGCUACUUCUCCUCCAAGGAGGCUGUCGAAGACAUCGUCAGAGCCGGGGGGUUCCAGGUGUACACCAUCCUCCGUCCGGCCGUCCUCCAUCACGACUUCUUCCUGCCGGGCUCCCUCAUGAAUUUCCCCCGCCUCUCCACGCACGGGGACCUGGAUCACCUUCUCGAAGACGGCGCCCGCGUGCCGUACACGGACACGAGCGACGUUGGAAAGUACGCGGCGGCAGCUCUGCAGGACCCGGAGACGUUCGGCGGUCAGGAGAUCGAUCUCGGAAACGAGCUGCUCACCAUCGAGGAGGUGCGCGACAUCCUCGUCAGGGUCAGCGGAAGGGAGGUCGGGGUGGUGAAGCGGACCGAACAAGAGGUGGAAGAGCUGGGCAUCAGCGUCUUCGGCCAGAAGUUCCAUCUCAUGUCGAACGUCAAGGAUCUCAGCUGGACCACAACCGUCGCCAAGGGAGCCCAGGAGAAGUUUGGAAUACCCUUCACCUCGCUGGAGGCGGCGUUGCAGAGGGACAGAGCGCUGCUCUUGGAGUGUCUGCCGGCCAACUAGGCUUCCAAAGGUCUCUUUUUGUUUGCUACUGACGCUUCUUGGAACAUUCAAGCGGAGAUUUUUCCGGGUACGUUGUCAAGUGGGAAUAAUCAUGGUUGACGUGGGAGGAAACGGCCCGUCUGACAU